AUAUAUAUAUCCUCUUCAUCUUCUUGAUUAAUUUCUUGUGGUAUAUAUAUAUAUCUAAAUAUAAUUUUAGAAACAAUUAUGGAUAGCUUGGAUGCAUGGCCAGAACCAGUGGUGGCAGUGCAAAGCUUAGCAGAGGCAGGCAUAGAGACAAUCCCAAAGAACUACAUAAAACCAGAGUCAGAGAGGCCGUCGUUAACCGACGUCUCUAGCCCGAAUACUCUUCAAAUACCGGUGAUCGAUCUCGGUGGUCUUGCUGAAGGUGUGGUUGAGUGUCGUGCCACGAUGAAGGCGAUAUCGGACGCUUGCCGUGAUUGGGGGUUCUUUCAGGUGGUGAACCAUGGAGUUAGUGUUGAGCUUAUGUCAAAGAUGAAGGAAAUUUGGAGAGCUUUCUUUCAUCUUCCAAUGGACCAAAAACAAUCAUAUGCUAAUUCUCCGACUACUUAUGAAGGUUAUGGUAGUCGUCUCGGUGUCGAUAAAGACUCCAUUCUUGAUUGGGGGGACUAUUUCUAUCUUCAUCUCCUUCCUUUUGCUAUCAAGAACCCUAAUAAAUGGCCUUCUCUCCCUUCUUCUAUUAGAGAGACAAUAGAAGAGUAUGGGAGUGAAGUAGUGAAGUUAUGUGAAUUGUUAAUGAAGGUGAUGUCCUUAAGUUUAGGGUUGGAUGUAGGGGAUUUUCAAGAAGCAUUUGGAGGAGAAGAAGUGGGAGCUUGCAUGAGAGUGAACUAUUACCCAAAGUGUCCACAACCUGAGCUUACUCUUGGACUCUCACCUCACUCUGAUCCUGGUGGCCUAACCGUUCUCCUCCCUGAUCAUCAUGUUCAAGGCCUUCAGGUUCGGAAAGCCGGUUCUUGGGUCACUGUCCAACCCUUCCCAAACUCCUUCAUCGUUAACAUAGGUGAUCAAAUUCAGGUGUUAAGCAAUGCAGUGUAUAAGAGUGUAGAACACCGGGUGAUAGUGAAUGCAGAAGUUGAAAGGAUCUCCAUUGCCUUCUUCUAUAAUCCGAAAAGCGAUUUACCGGUCGGUCCGGCGAGGCAGCUUAUCACACCCGAUCGGCCGCCUCUUUAUCGAUCGAUGACCUUCAAUGAAUACCGUCUUUAUAUCAGGAAGAAGGGCCCUAGAGGGAAGACACAGGUUGAAUCCUUGAAGGCUGCAUGAGUUGUUCAUAAUUAUCCAUAAUUAUAUAAUAUUUUUCCACCUUUGUUAUGUCAUUAUCUAUCUAUCUAUCUAUAUAUAUGUAUGGCUUGAUUAGGGUUUCUGUACGUGGGUGUUCAUGUGAUCAUGUAUUUGCACUUGUGUUCUUGAUAUAUGUAUAAAUAAUUUGUGCGCAAGGCUAGUAAUGUUUGUGUUUGUGUUAUAUUUUAUGUGUGAUUUGAUUGGAGAAGUAUAUUAUAAUUAAAGGCAUGUG